AUGUCAUUCUAUUCAUUUACUCCUUUAUCGGUACAAAGUGUCAUCUCGUGUUUAGUUGAACUGGCUGUGUUGUUAGCACACCAUGCUGCAUUUGCUAAUGCUGGACAAAUGUGUUCAUGUGGCUCACGAACAUUUGUACAUGAAAAGAUAUACGAUCAAUUUUUAGAAAAAAGUGUAUUAUUAGCUCAAAAGCGAAUUGUUGGAAAUCCGUUUGAUUCAUCCACUCAACAAGGUCCACAAAUUAGUAGAACACAGUUAGAAAAAGUUCUUAGCUAUGUAGAAUCAGGUAAAAGUCAAGGUGCAACAUUAAGUACUGGAGGAGAGUGCACAAAUACAUCGGGUUAUUUUAUGCAACCAACAAUAUUUAGUAACGUCAAAGAUGAUAUGACAAUUGCAAAAGAAGAGAUUUUUGGUCCUGUCAUGUGUGUUUUGAAAUAUAAUGAUUAUGAUGAGGUCAUUAAACGUGCGAAUAAUACAGAUUUUGGAUUAGCUGCGGGUGUUAUCACAAAAGAUUUAACACGAUCAUUAAAAUUUAUUGAUAAAUUAAAAGCUGGCUCAGUAUGGAUAAACGAUUAUCAUGCUAUGCGUAGUAAUGCACCAUUUGGAGGUUAUAAACAGUCUGGGCAUGGAAGAGAAAUGGGCAGUUAUGGUUUACGUGAAUAUUAUCAAGUUAAAGCUGUUGCCAUUAAACUUGCUUGA